AUGCCAAACCAACAGAAAAAAGUGAUUUUUUGCAUGGCCGGGGUGUUAAGCUUCGUUUGUGCCCUGGGAGUUGUGACGGCUCUGGGGACACCAUUGUGGAUCAAAGCCACCUUCCUCUGCAAAACAGGGGCUCUGCUCGUCAACGCCUCGGGGCAGGAGCUGGACAAGUUCAUGGGCGAGAUGCAGUAUGGGCUUUUCCACGGAGCGGGCGUGAGGCAGUGUGGGCUAGGAGCGAGGCCCUUUCGGUUCUCAUUUUUCCCGGAUUUGCUCAAAGUGAUUCCAGUGAGCAUCCACGUCAAUGUCCUUCUCUUCUCCGUGAUCCUCGUUGUUGUCACCAUGGUGGGGACAGCCUUCUUCAUGUACAACGCCUUUGGAAAGCCCUUUGAAACUCUGCACGGCCCACCAGGGUUGUAUCUUCUGAGUUUCAUUUCAGGCUCCUGCGGCUGUCUCGUCAUGAUAUUGUUUGCCUCUGAACUGAAAAUCCACCACCUCUCAGAAAAGAUUGCAAAUUAUAAAAAAGGGACUUAUGCCUACAAAACGCAGAGUGAAAAGUACAGCACCUCCUUCUGGGUCGUUUUCAUUUGCUUUUUUGUUCAUUUUUUGAACGGUCUCCUAAUACGACUUGCUGGAUUUCAGUUCCCUUUUGCAAAAUCUAAAGACACAGAGACAACUAACGUGGCCGCGGAUCUGAUGUACUGA